AUGGGUCGCGUUCGCACGAAGACCGUCAAGAAGUCGGCCAAGGUCAUCAUUGAGCGAUACUACCCCAAGCUCACUCUCGACUUUGAGACCAACAAGAGAAUCUGCGAUGAAAUUGCCAUCAUCGCCUCGAAGCGUCUUCGCAACAAGAUCGCCGGCUACACCACCCACUUGAUGAAGCGCAUCCAACGUGGCCCCGUCCGCGGCAUCUCGUUCAAGCUGCAGGAAGAGGAGCGUGAGCGGAAGGAUCAAUACGUGCCCGAGAUCUCGGCCCUGGACUUCACCCAGAACACGGAAAGCGGCCAGCUCGAUGUCGACGCCGACACCAAGGACCUGCUGAAGAGCAUGGGCUUCGAUUCCAUCCCUGUCAAUGUCAUCCCGAUUGCCCAGCAGGCUCCUCAGGACCGAGGUGGUCGCAGAGUCUUUGGCACCGAUAGACCCGGUCGCCGAGACUAA